GGGAACAACAAUGUAUGUUCUUCUUUUCCUUCAUAUUGUGCAGGUUUUGCAAUACAUCCUCUCUGCUAUCUGCCUUUCUGUCUGCAGAGGAUUUGUAAGAAAUCCUACCUGGGUGUUUCCUAUGGUCUGUUCUGCAUUUUUGAAGAAAUUGUGCUUCAGAGAACAGAAACAGUUUGGGCAGCAGCAGUGCAGAUUUCCUCAUACUGCCUGCCAACAUGCCUCAAAUCUGACCAGGAAGGGGCCACCUAGAAGGAAAAAUGACCUUUCAUUAAAGAGCAUAAGAAUAAGUCACCUUACUGUAAAAAAUCAAGACUACAAAACUAGUCUAACUGAUGAAGAAACAAAACCUACACCAUAUGUUGUACAAUGGGUACUACAAAUGAUGAGAUGGUUUCAGUAGAGCAGACUUCCUCCUUGAACCCUCUAUGUUUUGAAUGUGGCCAGCAACAUUGGACAAGGGAGAAUCAUUUGUACAACUAUCAGAAUGAAGUGGAUGAUGACUUGGUCUGCCAUAUUUGCCUUCAGCCUUUGUUGCAGCCAUUAGACACCCCUUGUGGACACACGUUCUGCUACAAGUGCCUAAGGAACUUUUUGCAGGAGAAGGAUUUCUGUCCAUUGGAUCGAAAAAAGCUUCAUUUUAAACUCUGCAAAAAAUCCAGUAUUCUCGUACAUAAACUGUUAGACAAAUUGUUUGUUUUGUGUCCCUUUUCUUCAGUAUGUCAGGAGGUAAUGCAACGAUGCGAGCUGGAAGCACAUCUCAAAAACAGGUGUCCUGGAGCUUCCCAUCGAAGGGUUGUACUGGAGAAAAGGAAGUCUAGCAAGCUGCAGACAGAAGCUGAGAAUGAAAAUGGGCCUAAUCUGAUAGAUCACCCAGGCACUUUAUCUCCAGAUACAGACCAUGCUGGGACGGGGCCAGUGCCAGUGGAUCAGAACUUUACACCAACCACUCUUCCUUCAUGGACAGAUGAGCCUGGCCUUGACAACCCUGCCUUUGAAGAGAGCACAAUAGCAGACAGCUUCCCACCUAUGGAAUACUGUCCUGUUCGAACGAAAAGGCAACUGAGUAACUCCUGCAUCCAUCUGCAUCGAACUAACAGUAACACCUCUAGCAUCUGCGAUAUUAGAGAGGAAACACUGAGCCUUACCACAGAGGAAGCAACCCACCAGCCACCUACCUUGCCCGAAGGAGAAAUCACUACAAUUGAAAUUCACCGGUCCAAUCCUUAUAUUGAGUUAGGAAUUAGCAUAGUGGGUGGCAAUGAAACUCCUUUGAUCAACAUUGUUAUUCAAGAGGUUUAUCGGGAUGGGAUCAUUGCCAGAGAUGGAAGACUCCUUGCUGGAGACCAAAUACUUCAAGUCAAUAACUUUGACAUCAGCAACGUGUCCCAUAACCGUGCUCGAGCUGUUCUUUCCCAGCCCUGCAUGGUGCUGCAUCUCACGGUGCUCCGAGAGAGACGAUUUGGAAGCCGGACACACAACCAUGCUGACAGCACUUCGCUGCGAGAAGAUGGCUUUCAGGUGACGCUGCAUAAACGAGACUCCAGUGAACAGCUUGGCAUUAAAUUAGUGCGCAGAACAGAUGAGCCAGGAGUUUUUAUCCUCGACCUUUUGGAAGGGGGAUUGGCUGCUCAAGAUGGCAGACUUUGCAGCAAUGACCGGGUACUCGCAAUCAAUGGACAUGACCUGAAACAUGGGACACCGGAACUUGCUGCUCAGAUUAUCCAGGCUAGCGGGGAAAGGGUGAAUUUAACAAUCUCCAGACCAGUGAAAUCGCAGACAGUCGCUAUUCUCCGAGAAGCAGGGACUCAUAACAGCAGCCAGCACCAGGCGCAGCAGCUGUUCCACAGCAGACACAGUUCGCAUAAGAUUCUUUCCCAGUGUAUUGCAUGCCAAGAAAAGCACAUUACUGUGAAAAAAGAACCACACGAAUCCCUUGGAAUGACAGUGGCAGGAGGUAGAGGCAGCAAAAGUGGUGAACUGCCAAUUUUUGUUACUAGCGUGCAACCUCAUGGCUGUCUUGCAAGAGAUGGCAGGAUCAAACGAGGUGAUGUGUUGCUGAAUAUUAAUGGCAUUGACCUGACCAAUCUAAGUCAUAGUGAGGCAGUGGCUAUGCUCAAAGCCAGUGCUACCUCUUCAGUGGUGGCACUCAAAACAUUGGAGGUUCAGAUUGUUGAAGAACAAACCCAGACUAAUGAGGAACAACCAAGCACAAUCAGCGAAAAUGAAUAUGAUGCUAGCUGGUCGCCCUCGUGGGUCAUGUGGCUGGGGCUUCCCAGCGGCCUACAUAGCUGCCAUGAUGUAGUGCUACGGAGGAGCAAUUUAGGAAGUUGGGGCUUUAGCAUCGUUGGUGGAUAUGAGGAGAAUCACACAAACCAGCCUUUCUUCAUUAAAACGAUUGUUCUUGGAACUCCAGCAUACUUUGACGGAAGGUUAAAGUGUGGUGACAUGAUUGUCGCUGUAAAUGGACUAUCCACAGUGGGCAUGAGCCAUUCCUCACUAGUUCCUAUGCUGAAGGAGCAGAGGAACAAAGUAACUUUGACUGUUGUUUGCUGGCCUGGAAGCCUCAUAUAGAUUUGUAAAACCGCUUUGGUUCAAGCAGAUGAUUUUCUACAUGGCUGGUAUAAAGCCUCCAUUUUUUUUCUA